GAGAAGAUUCGUCUCCCCUCCGGACCGCCUCCCUCACUCACUGCUUCUCCUCAAGUUCGGUAGCUGAUACCGGCUCCGUUAGUGAGAAGAAGACUGAACGAGAAGAUCAGGGACAGCUGACAUGAGGGCAGACGCUCCACGGAGAAGCAUGAAGAGCACGUGUCUGUGGGCCGCCGCUGCGCUGCUGUCACUCAUCUCUCUAGCUACCAGUGCGGACUCAAUGCAUCCAGAAGGUUCGGACUUCAGACAAAGCUCAAAAUCCAAAAUGAAGACCUACUGGACUGAAAGCAGCAAAGCUGUCUCCAUUAGCCGCCUGCUGUCCCAAAGCCUCUACCCCAAGGAGAACUUCACGUCUGUGGAUCUGAGCUACGAUGAGGCAGACUCGUACUCCAAACAGGAGCAGUGGAACUGGCUUUACAACACCUCAGCCCCUCACGAUCCUCGAACCAGGACGAAAAGGAGGCCCAUCGUCAAGACUGGGAAGUUCAAGAAGAUGUUUGGUUGGGGUGAUUUCCAUUCCAACAUUAAAACGGUGAAGCUGAACCUUCUCAUCACCGGUAAAAUUGUGGAUCAUGGCAACGGCACUUUCAGUGUCUACUUCCGGCACAACUCAACGGGUCAGGGCAAUGUUUCCGUGGGGCUCGUUCCUCCCACAAAGGCUGUGGAGUUUCAAGUCCAACAACAGCACCAGCACUUCCACCACCAUCACCAGCAGCAGCAGACGGCUCUGGAGACCAAGGAAACCAAGCUGUUCAACUGCAGAGUGGAGUACGAAAAGGUGGAGAAGGGCACCAGGAACUCGCUGUGCGCCCACGACCCCUCGCAGAGCUGCCCCCAGGAGCAGACCCAGAGCCACGUGUCCUGGCUGUGCUCCAAGCCCUUCAAAGUCAUCUGCAUCUUCAUCACCUUCUACAGCACCGACUACAAGCUGGUGCAGAAGGUUUGUCCUGACUACAACUACCACAGUGACACCCCCUACCUCCCAACUGGGUGAUCAUGUGACCGUACAGGAAGUAAGACAGGCUGUCGAGCCCCGAGCGCUGUCAGAAUAAUCAAAUGAAAGCGGAGUCCAACUUGAAAUGUCGACAGGCAUUUUUACAACUAACAUAUCCUCGUCAC